UGUGAUGAGUGUGGGAAGGAUUUUACCCAGAGUGGACAUUUAAAAACACACCAACUCAUCCACAGUGGAGUUAAACCUUACAGCUGUGAGUUGUGUGGAAAGUCUUUUACCGAGGCUGGACACUUGAAAAAACACCAACUCAUCCACAGUGGAGUUAAACCUUACAGCUGUGACUUGUGUGGAAAGUCUUUUACCCUGGCUGGAGACUUAAAAAGACACCAACUCAUCCACAGUGGAUUUAAACCUUACAGCUGUGAUGAGUGUGGGAAGGAUUUUACCCGGAGUGGACAUUUAAAAACACACCAACUCGUCCACAGUGGAGUUAAACCGUACAGCUGUGACUUGUGUGGAAAGUCUUUUACAGAGGCUGGAGGCUUAAAAACUCACCAACUCAUCCACAGUGGAGUUAAACCUUACAGCUGUGAUUUGUGUGGAAAGUCUUUUACCCAUGCUGGAAACUUAAAAACACACCAACUCAUCCACAGUGGAGUUAAACCUUACAGCUGUGAGUUGUGUGGAAAGUCUUUUACCCAGGCUGGAAACUUAAAAACACACCAACUCAUCCACAGUGGAUUUAAAGCACACAGCUGUGACUUGUGUGGAAAGUCU